AACCCAAAUAGUAAGGCUGAAAUCAAUUAUGAGUGGAAGUUCAGCAGUGAGGAGACUGCUGCCUGUCUCAAGGAUGCAGUUGUGGAGAUCGUGGAGGUACAUCAACGCUGCAGUCUCACCAGUCCACUUCAAUAAUCCGUCAUCUCUCCUGGAGGAGCAGAGUAGAGGACUGAGAGUGAGGUCAUUCCACUGCAGUGCUCCAGGUCCAGCCACUACUGGAGCUCAGGGACAGCCCAGGAGUGAUCGGGACGACCUCCCAAUGUCUCUGGACCACUUCCGCAAACCUAGUCAACCUGCUGCUGGGACCACUGGCCAUCAGGAGGAUGGAUGGUGUGAUGGAUACACUCUGCCUCACCCUGUGUGGAGUGAGGAGGAAUUGAACUCUGUCCAGAUCACUCACACUCCUCCCGAGAAACCUGUUGACACGGCUGCCUAUUACUCUGUGCAGAUGCUGAGGACGGGGUUUGAUCUGUUGUCUGGGUAUUCGUGGGGCAAGAGGUUUGGUACACUGGAUGAGAAGAAGUGGCUGUCAAGAAUCAUCUAUCUUGAGACAGUGGCUGGAGUACCAGGUGAGAAAGAUCCAGCAAUAUAAUCUUGACUCUAAUGUGACCCAAUACACUCUACAUGUCUCCAGGUAUGAUAGGUGCGAUGGUGCGUCACUUGAAGUCUCUGCGGCGCAUGACUCGGGACCAUGGCUGGAUACACACCUUGCUGGAGGAGGCAGAGAAUGAGAGGAUGCACCUCCUCACAGCUCUGGAGCUGAGGAGACCUGGACCUCUCUUCAAGAUUGCCGUCAUUGGAACACAGGGUGUGUUUGUGAGUAUGUUCUGGAUAGUGAAUUUCCUCAGUCCCAGAGUUUGUUGAGGAAGAGGCAGUCAAGACUUACACUCACUGCAUUGAGAGUCUGGACAAGGGGGAGCUGAAGCUGUGGGAGAAUACAAAAGCUCCUCAGAUUGUUGUCUGCUACUGGAGACUGCCUGCUGAUGCAAUGAUGAAGGGUGCGCUCCUGGCCAUUAGAGCUGAUUAGGGUCACCACAGAGAGGUGAACCAUACACGGGGCUCAAUGAGACCCUCUGAAACUAAUCCAUUUGGCCCUGGUCAAUGACAUCACCAUUAUGUCACCUUCAGUGUACAAACUGCAUAACAUGUGAUUUCUGACUUCAAACA